AUGCCGCCCUGGUUCUGUUCGCAGCAUGAGCGGGAGCAGAUCAUGACGACCAACGUGUGGCUGACGCAGGAGUGGGAGGAUUACCGCCUCACCUGGAAGCCGGAGGAGUUCGACAACAUGCGCAAGGUGCGCCUGCCCUCCAAGCACAUCUGGCUGCCCGACGUCGUCCUCUACAACAACGCCGACGGCAUGUACGAGGUCUCCUUCUACUCCAACGCGGUGGUCUCCUACGACGGCAGCAUCUUCUGGCUGCCUCCGGCCAUCUACAAGAGCGCCUGCAAGAUCGAGGUGAAGCACUUCCCCUUCGACCAGCAGAACUGCACCAUGAAGUUCCGGUCGUGGACCUACGACCGGACGGAGAUCGACCUGGUGCUGAAGAGCGAGGUGGCCAGCCUGGACGACUUCACGCCCAGCGGCGAGUGGGACAUCGUGGCCCUGCCGGGGCGGCGCAACGAGAACCCCGAGGACUCCACCUACGUGGACAUCACCUACGACUUCAUCAUCCGGCGCAAGCCGCUCUUCUACACCAUCAACCUCAUCAUCCCCUGCGUCCUCAUCACCUCCCUGGCCAUCCUGGUCUUCUACCUGCCCUCCGACUGCGGCGAGAAGAUGACGCUCUGCAUCUCUGUGCUGCUGGCCCUCACCGUCUUCCUGCUGCUGAUCUCCAAGAUCGUGCCGCCCACCUCGCUGGACGUGCCGCUGGUGGGCAAGUACCUCAUGUUCACCAUGGUGCUGGUGACCUUCUCCAUCGUCACCAGCGUGUGCGUGCUGAACGUGCAUCACCGCUCGCCCACCACCCACACCAGGCCACCCUGGGUCCGGGUGGUCUUCCUGGACAAGCUGCCCACCUUCCUCUUCAUGAAGCAGCCGCGCCAGCACUGGGUGGCAGAGGCGGUGGAUGGGGUGCGCUUCAUAGCCGACCACAUGAGGAGUGAGGACGACGACCAGAGCGUGAGCGAGGACUGGAAGUACGUGGCCAUGGUGAUCGACCGCCUCUUCCUGUGGAUCUUCGUUUUCGUCUGCAUCUUCGGGACCGUUGGCAUGUUCCUCCAGCCGAUCUUCCAGAAGCCUCGCUUGUUCUCAGUGCUGCCUCCGUCCUGA